UGGCCGGGCGCUGAGGGGCGCCGCGCCGCCCCGCCUCGGCUCUGCCCGCCUCUGCCCCGCCGCGGGGCUCGGCUCUGCCCGGCUUCACGCCAAUGGUCCAGAGCGACAUGGCCAAAUCGCCUCCCAGCCCGGCGCAGGAGGUGCCGAUGGAGCUGCUGGACAACCCCCUGCCCGCGGCGGCAGCGCAGUCUUAUGGUAAAGGGGCAAGAAGAAAAAAUCGGUUUAAAGGAUCAGAUGGGAGUACAUCUUCUGACACUACCUCUAAUAGUUUUGUACGCCAGGGCUCGGCGGACUCCUACACCAGCCGUCCAUCCGACUCCGAUGUAUCUCUGGAAGAAGACAGGGAAGCAGUGCGGAGAGAGGCAGAGCGACAGGCCCAGGCACAGUUGGAAAAAGCAAAGACAAAACCUGUUGCAUUUGCAGUUCGGACAAAUGUUGGUUAUAGUGCAGCUCAUGAUGAUGAUGUUCCAGUCCCAGGCAUGGCCAUCUCAUUUGAAGCUAAAGAUUUUCUUCACGUUAAAGAAAAAUUUAACAAUGACUGGUGGAUAGGACGGUUGGUAAAAGAAGGCUGUGAAAUAGGAUUCAUACCAAGCCCAGUCAAACUAGAAAACAUGAGGCUGCAGCAUGAACAGAAGGCAAAGCAAGGGAAAUUCUACUCCAGUAAAUCAGGAGGAAACUCUUCAUCCAGUCUGGGUGACAUAGUUCCUAGCUCCAGAAAAUCGACGCCUCCAUCAUCUGCUAUAGACAUAGAUGCCACUGGCUUAGAUGCAGAAGAAAAUGAUAUUCCAGCAAACCAUCGCUCCCCCAAACCCAGUGCAAACAGUGUAACAUCACCCCACUCCAAAGAGAAAAGAAUGCCCUUCUUUAAGAAGACAGAGCACAUCCCUCCCUAUGAUGUAGUGCCUUCUAUGCGACCUGUAGUUUUAGUGGGACCUUCUUUGAAGGGAUAUGAGGUAACAGAUAUGAUGCAAAAAGCAUUAUUUGAUUUUUUAAAACAUAGAUUCGAAGGGCGUAUAUCAAUUACACGAGUCACCGCAGACAUCUCACUUGCCAAACGCUCAGUAUUAAACAACCCCAGUAAGCAUGCGAUCAUAGAGCGAUCCAACACAAGAUCAAGCCUAGCUGAAGUUCAGAGUGAAAUUGAACGGAUUUUUGAAUUAGCAAGGACACUGCAGUUGGUAGUGCUCGAUGCUGACACCAUAAAUCACCCAGCACAGCUGAGCAAAACCUCUCUGGCACCCAUUAUAGUAUACGUAAAGAUUUCUUCUCCUAAGGUUUUACAGAGGUUAAUAAAAUCUCGAGGGAAAUCUCAGGCCAAACACCUUAAUGUUCAGAUGGUGGCAGCUGAUAAACUGGCACAGUGUCCUCCUGAAAUGUUCGAUGUAAUUCUUGAUGAGAACCAGCUGGAAGAUGCUUGUGAGCACCUUGCUGACUAUCUGGAAGCCUACUGGAAGGCCACACAUCCGCCUAGCAGCAAUCCUCCUAACCAGCUUCUCACUCGGACACUUGCAACAGCCACUCUUCCUAUAAGUCCAGGUCCAAAUAUUAACUUACAGGGAUCUCAAGGAGACCAGAGGAAUGACCACUCAGUCCCUGAACGCAGCAAUUCACAAAUUGAAGAGGAAGCACGGGUUGAACCCAUCAAGAAAUCCCACCAUCGCUCUUCAACCCAACACCAUAACCAUCGCAGCGGUGUUAGAGGCCUUCCUAGGCAAGAAACUUUUGACUCAGAAACACAAGACAGCAGAGAUUCGGCUUACGUAGAGCCAAAGGAGGACUACUCACAUGAGCAUGGUGACCACUAUGAUUCUCACAGGGAUCACAAUCACAGAGACGAGUCCCAUGGUGAUCACAGACAUAGAGAAUCGAGGCAUCGCUCAAAGGAGAGGGACCGGGAGCAGGACCACAAUGAAUGCAACAAACAGCGAAGUCGUCAUAAAUCGAGGGACCAAUAUUGUGACAAGGAUGGGGAGGUGAUAUCUAAAAAACGUAACGACGCGGGAGAAUGGAACAGGGAUGUUUACAUCCGUCAGUAACUUUUGCCUCUGGCACUCUUGUGUUUCUUGGAAGUCUUGUAACAAUGCCCCUUGAAAAUAUCUUUGGGUUGUUCAUUGCAGAACAUAUGGUAUCUUUCUGUAUGCUGAUUUGUAUUGCUGUUGCUUACAUGGCAAUAGCAUGAAAUAGAAUAUUCAUAUACUUAUUUUUUUGGUUAGUGCUAUAUGAAUUAGCGUGGUACAGCUGCAGAGUUCCUGAUGUUGUACUAUGCCAUUUUUCAAGCUUUUUUUUGGUAGCUGCCACUUGAACAAUAUCUGUUGCCAUCAAGGUGUUGUUAGUGUUUUUUUUUUCCAAAGGUACAUUUGAUGUUUAAUAACUUCCCAUGUAUUCAGCAAGCCAGAAUCAGCACAUAUAAAAAUCUAAAAGUUUUUGUCUACUCUGAUUUUUAAUUUGUUAUGCACUUGAUUUGCAUAUUGGUUUAAGAGCCACUAUCUGUUGCUUGUACCUCUGGUGGACUCCAUUUGGGAACGGAAUUCAGUCUUGCCUUACACACAGGGGAUCAUGAGGUCAAAAUCUAUUUUCUAUGUACUGGUACUGUGUACUGUAUAUACAGUUUAUAAAUGUUAUUUCUGCAGACACCUUCUUACUAUAUAAGUUUGAUCACACUGUUUUAGAGUCCUAAUGCCAAGUCAGCAGAUUUGCUUUUGAAUUACUGGCAACUGGAACUAGCCUCAUUUAGGAAAUCUGUAACAGUGUUCAAUCCAAACAAUUUUUCUUCUGUAGCAGAAAGCUUAUUCUAAAUGUAAAUAUGAAGGAGUGCUUGAGAGAGAGGAUCUAAAUAACUCUUACAACUUAUCCUGUCCUUGCAAACCCAAUUUUGCAUUUUGAACUUACAGUAAAGAUAACUAGCUUACCACUAUAAAUUGUUCUUGUUUACACAGGUUACAAAAUUGCAAUGGGCACAACCUAAUUUUUGUUCUAUUGUCAGAAUAAUAGAGCACACGUGACAGAGGUAUGUAUGUGAGUGAGUGGGUAGUGGAUGGGCAGCCGUGUGCAUGGGCACGUUAAGCAGCAAAGUGUGAGGAUCUAUCGAAGAAAACAAAGGUUACACAAAAGCCCAACAAGUUUGUUUCUUCAUUCGGUUAUUAAUUUAAAAAUCCAAAUUGCAGUCAGGGAAUAUGAGGGAGUUUACUGACCCUGGUAAUUGAGAAAGCAUAAAUCUGCUGGCUCAUGUUGAGAUUUCAAGAGAGUAAAACCAGGCAAAUGUUACUGUGAGUGUUUCACUGGAACUGUAAAAUCUUUGUGUUUUAGAGUAUUUGUUUAGUAAGAAAAGUUUACACAGCUUGUGGAGAAUUAUUUUGUUGGAAAAUAAAUUUUUGUAGCUUC